GGUUGAGUUAUCGAGCGAGGAGGACCAGUGUAGUGCGGUUGGAGUGUGAGAGGGUCGCGAUGAACCGACAGAUGAAAUAGAGUGGCGAGGGGGGAAAAAACAACCAAAAAUAAGCAAGAAAGCCGACUGUUCUACCACAAGAAACAAUGUUCCCAAAAGGCAAAGGAACCCCAGUGCCGUCGGACGUCCAAGCACGAGAAAAGUUAGCUCUCUACGUUUAUGAGUAUUUGCUUCACAUAGGAGCACAAAAGUCUGCACAGACCUUUUUGUCAGAGAUACGAUGGGAGAAGAACAUAACACUCGGAGAACCCCCUGGAUUUCUGCAUUCCUGGUGGUGUGUAUUCUGGGACUUGUACUGCGCUGCGCCGGAGAGGAGAGAAACAUGUGACCACUCCAGUGAAGCCAAAGCCUUCCACGACUAUAGUGCAGCGGCGGCCCCCAGCCCCGUAAUGGGAGGGAUACCCCCUGGUGACGGCAUGCCAGGAGGACCCAUGCCACCUGGAUUUUUCCAGGGUCCUCCCGGUCCCCAGGGCUCUCCUCACCCUCAGCCUCCUCCCCCUAACAAUAUGAUGGGACCCCACAGUCAGUCCUUCAUGUCGCCUCGCUUCGCCGGCGGCCCGAGAGGUCCCCCCAUCAGGAUGGCAAACCAGCCACCAGGGGGAGGACCCGGCCCGCAUCCCAUGUUGCCUAAUAUGGACCCCACAAGACCACAAGGUCAUCCUAACUUGGGGCCCAUGCAGAGAAUGAGCGGCCCUCGAGGAAUGGGGCCCAUGGGGCCCGGCCCGCAGAACUUUGGUGGCGGGAUGAGGCCCCCACACAACACCAUGGGCCCCGGCAUGCCAGGAGUCAACAUGGGCCCGGGGACCGGUCGGCCGUGGCCCAAUCCUAACAAUGCUAAUUCUAUGCCUUACUCGUCACCGUCUCCCGGCGCGUACGGGGGAGCAUCUGGAGGAGGACCACCAGGGACGCCCAUCAUGCCCAGUCCCGCAGACUCCAACAAUUCUGGUGACAAUUUGUACACCAUGAUCAACACUGGACCCGGCAAUCGAAAUAAUUUCCCCAUGGGCCCCGGCUCUGACGGACCCCUGGGGGCUAUGGCUGGGAUGGAACCGCACCACAUGAACGGGUCACUAGGCUCCGGCGAUUUGGACGGAAUGAACAAGAAUUCUCCAAACAAUUUAAGCGGCAUUAGCAAUCCUCCGGGGACCCCGAGGGAUGAUGGCGAGCUGAGUGGGAACUUCCUCCACUCGUUUCAGAGCGAGAACUACUCUCCAACCAUGACGAUGAGCGUGUGACUCCCCCGUCUCUCUCCUCUGCCCCCCCGCCCCCCUUGCCAGCCUUACCCUUCGUAAUUUGCCAUCAUUCCAAGGAUUCGAACCCCCAUUCGAUCAGAGGCAUCAGCAAAGAAUCAGGGAUCCAAACUCCACGUCAGAAAGACGGGCAAAGAAAAUGUCUCUCGCGGAACAAAAGCGGCGAGUGUAACGAUGGCGACACAUAACCCCGACGAUACAGUAAGAGAGAGCGAUGCUUUGCUUUUUUUUCCCCAGACGGAAUUUGCGCAGGAAUUGUCCCCAUCGGGUCCACUUCAAACACUGGAGAGUGUACAUACAUGUACAUGUGCAUUGUGAGCUUUUUUUCUUUUUUUUUUUGGGUGCUGCUCGCCAUACGUGCCCAGCUCGUUGCUUGAAACACUUUUUUUUUUUUUUCCCUCCCUCAUACAGUGUUCCCCCACCUAUUCCGAAAUCCACUAGGGCCCGGCCAAUACGGAUUUUUGAGGUCAAGCUAACUCCAAUAUUUCGCAGAAUAUGAUCAUGAUUAAACAGCCGAUUUUUAAAAGCACUAGUUGGUCAAUUUGCCAUUUUUUGUGCCCAUGCCCAAAGCGCUGUGAAAUCUGAACAAGUAGUGCUUUGACGCCAUUUUGUAGCAUCUUGGUCGCAAUGAACUAUGCUGAAUUGGAGGAGUCUAAAGUCCUGCUGAAUAUAAGUAGUGCUUUGGUGCCAAGAGAAGUCAAGCUUUUCUUAGGCCAAAUCGAAAUGUUGCCAUCAGUGGGGGAACACUGUAGUUCGGACUCCAUAGAUUUUGGACAACAACCUGAUCAAAAUUCAACUGGUGAAAUAACUGCCAAAUAUUGGUAGAUUUUUAGACCUUUUUUAAAAAUUUAGGAUUUUUUUUUUCAUUUCGUUUUUGACUGCUCUUACCUUUCCCAGUAAGUCCAUCUGACUUUCAGACGUGGCCCAACGAAUACACACAUUUGGGAAGCCGUUUGAACGUUAAUUCCACAUUUUACUAGAAAGCUCGCUGGCCUCGAUAGACAAUUCAACGCGUCAGUGGAUCGACUAUGCCUUAUUGGUAUUUUUUUUUUCCUAGUCGUGUCCAAGUGUUACUUGUCUAGCACGGUAAUUAUGUACUGGAAGGCCAAAAGUAGCAUAGUAGCAAAAAAAAAAAAAAAAAAAAAAGGAUUUCUAGUAAAAUAAAUGUUCAACCGGCUUUCUUUCGACAUUCUCAGCAUGCGACCCAGUGCUGCCCCCAAGUGGACUCAUGCUUUUAAACUUUUUUUUUUUCACUGUGGUCUUUAAUUAUUUUGUCCACAUUUUUUAAUGUAAUAUAUUGAUAAUAUUUUGGACUCCGUAUAUUGGCACAGCCAUUGCGAGUGAGUCGGCGCCGUUACAAACUUAGCAAGCAGCAGUCUUGUAAAUGUGAUGAGGGGUUUUUUUUGGUUCUUUUUUUUUUUUUUUUCCUGUGAACAUUACACGUCUGCUCUGUGUUGUCCUUUUUUUGCUUCUUUUUUUUAUUUUAAAAUUGAGGAAAGAUUGAUUGUUAAUAUAAUUUUACAAUAACUUAACUUCUAGUGUCUGUUUUUAUUUUUUAUUAUAUUUUCAAUUUUUCCAUUCACUGGGAACAUAUGGACGCCGCGGACACGAUUGCUAUUUAUUAGACAGUUAACAGACAUUAUCAUUCAACUGAGGCAUGGAAUAAAAUGUGGCUUUAAUACAAA